AAGUUUUAAUCUGUUUAUGUCAUUAUGAUGUUUUUGUCUAUUUCCAGCUCGUAGACAUCGGAAUUGCUUUCUUUGUGUGGUCACAUGUUUAUUUUAGGUCUUUUUAAAGGGCUUUUUUAAAGUCCUCCAGUUGGCCUCUAUAAAUCCACUGACAUCCUGCCUUUUAAUUGUUUCUUCAAUUUGAAUCCACAUUGAAACUGAAGCUGUAACUCUCCGGGGACCAAGGCUAAAGUGGCUUCUUCUCCUGAAAGCAACUUGUUUUUUUGAAGGAUACAACUUUUGGCUCAAGAUUUAAGACUCAAGACUUUGCCGACUGCACGUCAUGCUCUUGCCUUUUUAUUCAAGCGAAGCUUCGAGCCAAGAUGAGGAUUUCAAUGUAUGAGCACUACCCUCCGGGCUACCCACAACCAGAGCAGGAACAUUACACCCCGCCGGAGUUGAAACCAGACACACCCAGAAUUCAGCUCCGACUCGCGGGAGACAAGCGCAAACACAACGAGGGUCGCGUGGAGGUCUUCUACAACGGCGAGUGGGGCACCGUGUGUGACGACGACUUCACUAUUCACGCCGCCCAGGUGGUGUGUCGCGAGCUCGGCUACGUGGAAGCUGUCUCUUGGUCUCCAUCCUCCAAAUAUGGGAAAGGAGAAGGUCCCAUCUGGUUCGAUAAUCUCCAUUGCACUGGCAAAGAAAAGACUUUGUCCUUGUGUCCGUCCAACGGGAUCGGCGUGUCCGACUGCAAGCACACCGAGGAUGUCGGUGUGAUGUGCAGCGACAAGAGAAUCCCAGGGUUUAAAUUCAUCAACAGCCUGCCAAACCAUGUCGAGAACCUGGAUAUUCAGGUGGAGGAUGUCCGCAUCCGGGCCAUCCUGGCCUCCUACCGUAAGAGGAUCCCUGUGACGGAGGGCUACGUGGAGAUCAAGGAUGGCGGGAAAUGGAAGCAGAUCUGUAACGCCCAGUGGACGGAGUUCAACAGCAGGGUCAUCUGUGGCAUGUUCGGCUUCCCUGGGGAGAGGAAGUACAACGCCAGAGUCUACAAGAUGUUUGCUCGUCGGAGGAAGCCCACCUACUGGGACUUCUCUGUCAACUGCACUGGCACUGAAGCCCACUUGUCAGGCUGCAAACUGGGCCAGGAUGAGGCGCUCAAGUCCAACGACACCUGCGGCGGCGGGUUGCCAGUGGUGGUCAGCUGUGUUCCUGGCAGAGCCUUCGCCCCAACACCGAUGGCUGGCUUCAGGAAGGCCUUCAGACAAGAGCAGCCGUUGGUCCGCCUGCGGGGCGGCGCCAUCGUUGGCGAGGGCAGAGUGGAAGUGCUGAAGAAUGGCGAGUGGGGAACCAUCUGCGAUGACAAGUGGAACCUGUUGUCUGCUACAGUGGUGUGUCGGGAGCUGGGCUUCGGAACAGCCAAGGAGGCUCUGUCUGGAGGCCGUCUGGGACAAGGCAUGGGCCCGGUGCACAUGAAUGAGGUGCUGUGCACUGGCUUUGAGAAGUCCAUCACCGAGUGUUCCUUCAACAAAGAGGCUCUGGGUUGUAGCCACGAGGAGGACGCCUCCGUCCGGUGCCACGUGCCGGAGAUGGGCUUCCAGGAGCAGCUGCGUCUGAGCGGUGGCCGAAACCCGUACGAAGGCCGCGUGGAAGUGCUGGUGGAAAGAAACGGCUCCCUGGUGUGGGGCACGGUGUGCAGUGAGGGCUGGGGGACCAUGGAGGCCAUGGUGGUCUGCCGACAGCUGGGUCUGGGCUUCGCUAGCAACGCCUUCCAGGAGACGUGGUACUGGCCCGGGGAGGUGACUGCGGACGCCGUGGUGAUGAGUGGCGUCCGUUGCUCCGGUACCGAGAUGUCACUGUCUCACUGUCUCCAUCACGGCGGACACCUGAGCUGCCCUCGAGGAGGAGGACGUCACGCCGCCGGAGUCUCCUGCUCCGAGACCGCCCCAGACCUGGUGCUCAACCCUCAGGUGGUGGAACACACCACCUACAUGGAGGAUCGGCCCAUGUUCAUGCUGCAGUGCGCCUACGAGGAAAACUGCCUGUCGUCCACUUCCAGCUCGGUCCCGGCCAACAGCUACCGUCGUCUGCUGCGCUUCUCCUCCCAGAUCCACAACAACGGCCACACAGACUUCCGGCCCAAAGCCAACCGGGAGACCUGGGUGUGGCACGACUGUCACAGACACUAUCACAGCAUGGAGGUGUUCACGCUCUACGACUUGUUCAGCCUGAACGGCACCAAAGUGGCGGAAGGACACAAGGCUAGCUUCUGCCUCGAGGACUCGGAGUGUGACGAAGGAAUCGAGAAGCGCUACGAGUGCGCGAACUUCGGCGACCAGGGCAUCACCGUGGGCUGCUGGGACACGUACCGACACGACAUCGACUGUCAGUGGGUGGACAUCACCGACGUCAAGCCCGGAGAUUACAUCUUCCAGAUUAUCAUCAAUCCCAACUACGAGGUGCCAGAGUCCGACUACACCAACAACAUCGUGAAGUGCAGGUGUCGCUACGACGGCCACCGUGUGUGGAUGUACAGCUGCCACAACGGGGGCUCCUUAAGCAGCGAAACAGAGCAGACGUUCCCCGGCCUCCUCAACAACCAGGUCACACACAGGUAAAGGUGUGAAGAGCGGAGUCAAGCUGCUUCCUCUGAGGCUUCCCUCAUGUCGGCCCGGAAGAGCAGAACCUCCCCAACCCUCCCCCACCACCUCCUCCCCCCCGAACCUUCACAACGUUGCGGUGGCAUUAAUAAUAAAGACACGUGGAACCGGGAGCAUCUGCUGAGAACUUUUAAGCUUCAUGGAGAAGUGUCCUCACUCUCAGAGCUCAGUGGGUGGCGCUAUUGCUCCCAGAAGAGUGUGUGGUUUCAUUUCAAAAUCCAAAGAUUGCAGAGCAGAGAGCGCCACCAAGUGGACACUACAUCACGACUCAUUAAAUUAAACUGUCUUUUGACUAUCACGUGGCGACUUUGUACUAUAAGUGUUGUUCUGUGGUGCGCGCGUGUGUGUUGCGUGUGCGCGAGGGCGUGUGAGUGUCAUGCCAUUGCACAUGUUGUACAAGUAUUAAUGGUGCUAAUGAAACUGCGCCUCUGUUUUCUGAGGCGGCAGUCAUGGUUUACUCACAGUGAACCUGAAUCUGUGUACAAACUAUGUGUUAAAGGAUAAUAAAGACUUGAGUUAAGGAGCAGCAUUUGAUGGGUGUGUCAUGUUUGUGGCGUGGAUCUGGACCUGACACCACUGAGCUACACACACGUCAACAGCACCUGUUGUGUUUGAGUGUGUGCUUCACAACGUCAGAAAUGCACGGCUCCUCGGAACAAAGGUGGAGCCGAGGAAAUGGCUGACGCAGGU